AUGGCAAACUCAGGAAACGUCGUCGGCGGUCACAAGGCCAACCUCAACAACCCCAACACAUCCGAGGAGUCGAAGCAGCACUCCCGUGAGGUCAUCGAGAACCAGGGCGCCGAUACCCAGUCCAACACUACCACCAGCUCCAGCACCAAGCCUGAUGGAGAGAAGAACCCCAACAAUGUUGCGGGCGGCUUGAAGGCAACGCUCAAGAACCCGAAUGUUUCGGAUGAGGCCAAGGAGAGCGCCAAAGAGAGGCUUGAACAGAUGGAGUAG